CACUUUUCUGCUCAUCUCUUUCUCUCAUUCGCGUUUAUGUUUGUCAAAACAAAAAAAAAGUUAAAAAUCGCUUCAAUUUUUGUAUAAUUAGCGUCCAAAUAAAGCACAAAUCCUCAUCAUGCAAUGUAUAUAGUCUAGCCCGUGUGUAUUUGUGUGUGUGUGCGUGUGUGCAUUCGUGUUAUAUGUGUUUUCAAAGUAAACAAAAGAAAAAAAAGAAAAAUUGUGUCGCUGUUAAAGUGUAGUGAAAAAUGAACUUAUUUAAGUUAAAACGCUUGGAUCACUUGUGUUGACCAAAACUAGUAGGGUUUGCCCCCAUUUAUACAUUCGAUAAGCAGCAAGAAAGCAACACACAAUGUUGCAAUACAAAAACGCCAAUGCAGCCGCCGCAGUUGCCAGCAACAACAACAGCAAUAACAAUACCAGCAACAGCAACAGUAGCAGCAACAAUAAUGGAGUCAAGGGAGCAACGCAGGGAGCGGCAGGCAGUGUGGCAACGGUUGCCACCAAUAAUGCAGCAGCAGCCGCAGCAGCUGCCACACCACAAAUGCAACAGAUCAUCAACAUUCAUCAAAUGCCAACACAGUUUGUGCAACAAGCUGCAGCUGCGGCUGCAGCUGGUGGCUUGCCACCGAAUAUGUUUCAAAUUGUGCAGCCCAUGGCCAUGCAAACGGUGAACAUCGAUGGCCAGGAGGCCAUCUUCAUACCCAACAUCAACGCGCAGCUUGCAACCGCGCAGCCCGUUAACAUCAAUGGCCAGCAAGCGUUCAUCACGCCCAACGGGCAAAUUGUGCGUGCUCCGCAAGCGGCGCCAGCGCAUGAGGCACAGACGCAACUGUUCACCAUACCCAACACCAAUAUACAGAUACCGUUGGCCAACAUAGUGCAACAGCAGCAGCCACAACAGCAACAAGCACAACAGCAACAACAGGUGCAGCAGCAACAACAACAGCAGCAACUUCAGCAGCAGCAGCAACAACAGGCAACAGGAGCCGCAGCAGCAGCUGCGGUGGGACAACAAACCAUCACAAUACCCGGCACCAACAUUCAGAUACCCGCCUCGGUGGCUGCCGCAAACGGUUUGCUGGGCAACAUCGGAAAUUUGUUGGGCGCUGCACCAACCACCAUUAAACUAGAGAAUGGUCAGACUCUGCAGAACAUCCAACUGCGUGGCGCAACAGCAGCACCGCAACUCCUGCAAUUUCCGCAAGCAGCGCCAGCAGCAGCCGCUCCAACGUUGCAGCAAACGGUUGCUGUGCAGAUUCCCGUGCAAACGGCCAACGGACAAACGAUCUAUCAAACUGUGCACGUGCCUGUGCAGGCAGCGGCAGCAGCAGCCAGCGCAGCACCUCCAACGCUGUCCAAUCUGACACAGUCGCUGCAAGCGAUGCCCGCGUCCAUGCAACAGAUGCAGAUCAUGCCGCAGUUUGCGCAAAUCGCGCAGAUUGUGGCACCCAAUGGACAAAUACAACAGGUGCAACUAGCUCCCUUGAAUGCUUUAAAUUAUUCACAGUUGCCGCCGAAUGCGAACAUCAUACACAUACAGAAUCCACAGCAGCAGCAACAAUUUGUGCAGCAGCAACAGCAAGUGGUGCAACAGCAGCAAUUGCAGCAGCAGCAACAGCAACAUGUGCAACAACAACAGCAGCAAGCCCAACAGCAACAACAGCAGCAGCAACAGGCAGCGGCUGCAGCAGUGCAACUGCAACAACAGCAGCAACAACAACAACAGCAGCAGCAACUGAUCAAUGCCAUCAAUGAGGCAGGCGGGCAGUUGAAUGCCAAUCAACCCAUCACCAUCACCAAUGCCCAGGGGCAACAGUUGACAGUGAUUCCAGCGCAGCAACUGCAGCAGCUGCAACAGUUACGUGCGAAUCAAAACGCCGCCGCGGCCGCUGCUGCGAUGCAAUUGCAGAGUGGCAAUUUGCAAGCGUUGCCCAUACAAAAUAUACCGGGUCUGGGUCAAGUGCAGAUCAUACAGGCGAAUCAAUUGCCCGCCAACAUGGCAGCCAAUUUUCAACAGGUGCUCACCCAGCUGCCAAUACCCAUGCACACAGCUGCAGCAACAGCUACAGCGGCAACCGCGAGCAACGGACAGCCGCAGAAUGCAACAACAGCGAUGACAAUGAUGCCCAAGCAGGAGCCACAAAGUCCCACGCAACUGAUCACCAACAUUAAGCAGGAGCCGCCAGACACGUGUGUGUCGAGUGUGCAAACUACGCCGAAUCCUCCUGCGCCCACAAACACUGUGCAGUUGCCCGCAGCGCAGCAACAGAUCAAGUUUAUUGUGCCACAGUCGCCGCAACAACAGCAACAACAACAACAGCAGCAGCUGCUAGGUGAUGGACACAGUUUGUCAACUGUAAACAUUCCCGCCUCCAUACAAAUAACCGCCUUACCAGCGCCAACGGCGGCUGCAACAACACCAAGCACGCCAACCACAACAACAGCAGCGGCAGCAAUUGCAACAGCAGUAGCAACAACGCCACGCAGUGUGCCCAAAGCGAAUCUGUCGGGCAUUGUUAGCACCAGCAGCGGUACACAGAUCACCAUGAAUACGCCAAGCGGUCAAGUGGUCUCGCUAACGACGCCAGCGCGCGCCAAACUGGUGAAGCAAGCGCCACAGCAGCCACUGCCAACGACGCAGCAGCAACAGCAGCCAACAGUGAGCAUCAGUGUGACUGGGAGCGAUCAAAAUGCAACGACGCCGGAAGUGAAGCCACGAUUGAAGCGCGUUGCCUGCACCUGCCCCAAUUGCACCGAUGGCGAGAAGCAUUCGGAUCGCAAGCGUCAGCACAUUUGUCACAUACCCGGCUGCAGUAAAGUCUAUGGCAAAACGUCACAUCUGCGCGCCCAUUUACGUUGGCAUACAGGCGAACGUCCAUUUGUCUGCUCCUGGAUGUUUUGCGGUAAGCGUUUCACGCGCUCCGACGAGCUGCAACGCCAUCGACGCACACACACUGGCGAGAAGCGUUUCCAGUGCCGUGAAUGCAACAAGAAAUUCAUGCGCAGCGAUCAUCUGUCCAAGCACAUCAAGACGCACUUUAAAACGCGAACAGGUGUCGAGUUGAUUGACCUGAAUAUAAAGCAGGAGCAGAAACUGAUAAAUACACCGAAGAGCAUUAACACAUUGAAUGGCAUUGUGACCAUUGAGUUGCCAACGAGCGGUACAGCCGCUAAUGGCAGCGGCGCCUCCAGCGUGGCAGCAACAGUUGCGGGCUCAACUGUCUCAGCGGCACCGGGUGGCGCAACAAUUUUGCAGCUGCCAUUGAGUGCCAGCGGUGGAAUUGUUGGCGAUGAGGGUACCGAUAGCUUUGGCGAUGACGAUGACAUGGAGGAUGAAGAGCUGACCGAAGAGGAUGAUGAGGAAGAGCUGACCGAGGAGGAUGAAGAGGAGGACGAUGAAGAGGAUAGCGGCGAUGAAGAGAAAAUGACAAUCUCGGUUAGCGAGAUGGGGGAGAACUCAUCCAACUAGCAUUCGGAAUCACUGUUCAUGGAACAGUUCAUAUUCGAUCACUUUCCAUAGCCGCCGCCAACAUCGUCGUCGCCGUCGUGGCUUCAGCCUGUACAGUUGCUACCCGCUUCGCGUUCCCCGUUUCCUUUCCGUUCAUGUAAAAAAUAUCUCUGUAUAUAAUUCAGAUACAUAAAUAUAAGUUAUACGUUCGGCAUGCCGAAUUUACCGCGAUCCCCUUUGCUAAGCUUCUAAAUCAGGAAUACCCUUUUUUAUGUUUCGCUGUACAAAAGUUACAAUAUCUGAAGCAGGGGAUUUGUGAUUAAUAUUUAUGUCUCAUAAGUUUUUACAAACCCAUAUUAUUUCGUUAAUCAUAUGCGAUUUUAACUAGGCUAUAUUAGUAUUAUAAACACAAACUAUAUAUGUAUAUGCAGAUAUAUAAUAUAUAUAUCGUAUUUUAAGGAAUUUUUUAUAUAUUCAGCGCGCACAAUAUGUCGAAUAAUGUUAUUAUAUAUAGAAAUAGAGGAUAUAUUCGGAAGCAUGUUUAAUAAAUUUGUAAUUCAAUUCACAAAUAAAUUCAUUUUACAUUUUUCAAAUAUUAUUACCCGUAGUAUUUGUUAUUUUUUUAGUUAAUACUUCUAAAUUAAAGUAAAUAUUUCAUUCGAAAAUUAAAGAAAAUCAUCAGUAUUAUGAGUGGAUUCCGUCGAUGUGCAGGUAACUUGGGUGUUGAAGCUGGAGUAAUCUUCAGGGAUUGGUUCACUCUCUGUUUUUGGCGUCUGCAUAUCCGAGUCGAUGGUCAUAGAGUUGGGAUUAAUUCCCAUCGCUGCAGUUGCCCAAUCGAUCCCUGACUUAUCAAAAAUAUUCUCCUUUGUUUCUUGGACUUCGUUAGACUCAUCAUUUAUAGCCAAUUCGGCCAUUUCAGACAUAUUGUCUUCGUUUUCAGCAAUUGUGGACAAUUGAAGAAUUUCGCUUUCGGUGUUUCCGACGUGCCAAAGUUGAGGUUCGCUAGAAUUGGGAGCUGACGAUGUGACGUCAACUGGGUAAAUGAUUGUAUUAACGGGCGCGACUCUGCUACCAUUGGGACUACUGGGCAAUUGAUUGGGUAUUUGCGACAACAUUAAUGACGGGUCUUGGUCUUCACUGAUCUCCUCAAUGGACAACGAUGUUGAUGACACUUGGGAUGACAAGCUAUUCCAUCUGUCUAAACGUAGAUUAUUACGCUUCUUCAGUAUGCAACGACGAAUAUUCACAGCUGUGUCAAUUUCCUUCGGUUCAUAUGGUAUCACCAUUUUUCUCUUCACCGCUUUUAUGUACAUUUUGUUGAUGAAAUUUUUGGAAUGAUUUUUCAGGCGUUCCU